AUGGCAGAAGACAUGAAGACCAAAAUCAAGAGCUACAAGCCUGCCCCUUUUGAUAGCCGCCUCUCCAACCAGAACCAGACUGGGAACUGUUGGCAGAACUACCUGAACUUCCACCACUGGGAGAAGGCAAUGGCUGUUACAGGGGGAGACGUUUCCAUGUGCAAAUGGUACCCGUGUGUGUACAAGUCCCGUCGCCCCAUAUCCUGGGUGUCAGCCUGGGAUGACCACCCGGCAGGAGGCACGUUUCCUGGGAAGAUCUGA